UCCAAGGCAAUCACAGCGCAGGGCAAAAAAGUUUAGAGCAAAGCGAUAUGUAGACGGAGACCCGGCGCACUUUUCCUCCAGAGUUUUUUGUUCCGGCUGCUUGAGUCUUAUUAUCUGUGUAUAAAAAGUGAGAGAGGAGGCUGUACGGAGUGGAAUCGCUCAAGGAGACGACGGAGGCGCUUCAGCCAGGGAAAGAAGUGCCGUGAGAAAGAUACCGUCUCUCUCUGUUUUUCACUCACUAGCAGCACAGCCGCGCCCGGAUCACAUCCUCCAGCACAGCAACCGCGCUCUCCCUGCUCCCCUGCUAUAGCAUGGCCAGUUCGAGCAAAGCCACUUUAAUCUUGCUCAUCUACGGAAUCUUAAUGCACUACAGCGUCUUCUGCACACCACUCGGACUAAGUUACCCUAAGAUUAGACUUGAAAACGACGCCUUCGAUGAGGAUGGCAACUCGUUAUCGGACAUGGGUUUCGAUAGCGAUCAGAUUGCUAUACGAAGCCCUCCAUCCUUAAACGACGACGCAUACACCCUGUACUACCCGCCAGAGAAGAGAUCAGAAAGGCAUGCUGAGGAAGAAUUAGAUAGAGCCUUGAGGGAGAUCCUGGGUCAGUUAACAGCGAGACAUUAUCUGCAUUCUCUGAUGACAAUUCGUGCAGGUGAAGACACCAGCAUGGAGGAGGAAUCAGAGCCCCUUUCCAAAAGACAUUCAGAUGGGAUCUUCACCGACAGCUACAGCCGCUAUAGAAAGCAGAAGGCGGUGCAGAAAUACCUGGCAGCGGUUCUGGGAAGAAGGUACAGACAGAGAGUUAGGAACAAAGGACGUCGGCUCGCCUAUUUGUAGCGCGCCUAAACUGCCCUCCUGUGUAAAUACAUCCAGUCGUUAAAUCAAAGUCAUUCAGAUAUAUCUGACCAACCAGUGGAUUGCGCCUGUGUUCUUUCAACAUGUAUUUAUGUAUGAAGUAAAGCCAUUAAAAUGAAUAUUUUAAUAAUAAUAUCGUUUUUUUUCUUUUUGUACAAAAGCACUUGAUACCGCACAGUUAAACUUUGUGGACCAAUAUUUUAUUUUCAUGUUAGGAUGUUGAAAUCAGAAAAAAAAAAAAAAGGAAAGAAAAGAAAGAAAGAAAUCAGAAAAAAGAUUAUUGUGCACCUUCAACGUUAUGCGCUUGAAAUCUUUACAAAGUCAUCUACAUAUGCAGAAAAUAAAUAGAUUUUAAAAAGACAAUCAAAGUAUUGAAUGUUAUACUUAUUUUUGUAACCAACGUUCUAUUUUUUUAGUGUCGUUUGUUUUCCAAAAAUAAAAAACAGGCCCAAAGAAGCAGUGAGCAUGCUCUGUGAGGCAUAUCCGCUUAUCCCUAAAUGAUAGAUGUUUUGCCCUUGUCCACCCUCCUCCUCCUCCUCUUCCUCCUGGCUCCCCUUAAUGGGAGCUCUGUGGGUUUGUAGAGCUUGCUGCCCCCUCCAGGGGGAUCCAGAUGGCUUUUGUUGCACAGCCUCUUAUUGGACGGAUAACUGAUUGACUUACACAGUGAUUGGUGUAACUGGUGGUUAAAAAGAGAACCCAAUCCUGUUUUUCAAAUUUAAUCACAGGCUUUAUUUUUAUUUUCCAAGGGGGUCAUUUUGCCUUUAAGGAAGCACUCUGUUAACAGUAUGCGGCAAACACUGCUUGCUCACUUGCCUCAAAGUCAUUUUACUGCAGGAGAUAAAUCAUGCUCGUGUUAAGAAUGUUCCAUUUAUGUGUGUAUGUGAGGGUGUGUUAUGUACAGCUAAGAAAUUACACAUCUCAAUGUUGUCAGGGUUAUUAUUUGGAAGAAUGUAGUCCAGCUGUUGAUUGUUAGAAUUAUAAAAGGACCCAGACCAUGUAGGAUGCAGGAAGUGAAGCAUUUUUAUUGUGAAAAGGUGAGGAAAGGUAGCAUCAGAGUUAAGGCGUUAUUAAUCAGUGCAUGUGGAGACGAACAUGUGGAUCAUUUUUGCUUAGAAAUGCAUGCCGUUGUGCUUUUAUUUUCUUAAUUUUCUUUAAAUUGUGCUAUAUGGGAGGUGGGCCGCUCUAUGCUUCUUUCAGCACCACUCCCCUCCUCAAAUGUGUUGGGAAUGUGAAAAAGGAGGGCUAGAGGUGGUGGAAACUGGUACUGCACUGACUUGUUGAUUUUGUCUUUUACCUCCCUUGCUAAUGUCAUUGUGGAUAUCAUAAGUCGAGACACUGGACUCCCCCCUUUUUGUUGCCUUAGUCCUGGUAGCAUUUUUUUUGCCCUUGAGAGACUUUUUUGCUUGUGCUAAAUUUUGUAAAGCUGAUAAGUGUUUGGUGUUUAUGAGAGGAUUCCUAGAGAGAGGUGUAAGAGAAAAAGCCGUUACAUAAGAGGCAGAUGUGAAAUACAGGGAGUAAGACCAGGGUCAAUGAGUCUGAUAGGAGGUAUCAGAUGUUGAAUUCCCUUCACUACAGUGUCACUAGAAGGACAAAAAGAUUGUGAGAGAAGCUGGAUGAGGCCACAGAUGACAAAGAUCCCUAAGAGAAAUUAGAUUUUAAAGGAGCUGGAUGAGUCCAGCCCUCUUUUACAGGCUUUUAUUUUCAAAUUCUAGUGUAUUUAUCCAACAAUAUGCAAAUGCAGCUUCAGACACCCCCUGCAAUCCAAUCAGAGGCCUGCGCCCCCUAUCAAUACACUCUCCAAUUUGGCUUUCAGGCUUUGUGUGAGUGCGUAGAUGUUUGAUGUCUGUCUGUGUGAAUGAGCGACUGUGGAGGUGGAAACAGCUUUUGGCUUUGGUGCCUUUGCUUCGACGUGAGAUUUAAAAAAAAAUAUAUGAAAAAAUUCGCCACAAGUGACAGAUGGCAAUUUUUAGUGGCCCUACAAUGCUGCAGUCCAUUAGCUUACAUUGAAACUUCCUCCUUUUUUUAAGUCUGUUUAAUCGCUCAGCUUAGUCUGCCCCGAGAGUAGUAGAAUUAGGCGUUCUUUUUAAAGCAUGGCCAACAAUUCAUGGAGUUAAAAAACACAAAAUGUUAAAAAAAGAGUAGAAUGUAUUUGUUGAUGGAGCAAGCAAUGUGUAAGUGUGCGUGUGCAUGAGUUUUCGGGGUGUUCAGUGUCUGUGCGAGUUGUGAACAAUGACCAGUGUUUGUUCCUGUUGAUUAUGAGGUGUUGUUGAUCAUUUUGAUAUUGGUCAGUUAUUUAUUCUUAUUAGUCAGUAAAAGAAAAAAAUAGCCCCUCACAUAUUCUGUGCAUCACUAUGUAGGAUUCAAGGGUUUGAAAACAUGACAGAGAUGCUGUUCAGAUCAUAGAAAAUGCCUGUUGUUGAUAUUUCUGAAAGCGCCAAACGCCUUACUUCAAUGUUUAAUCUCUUAUCUAUCUGAAAACUCUGUGUUUGAAAAGUGAACCUUAGUACAAGUGACAUCGUUAUCCACACAGGAGUCCUUCUAUGGGGUUUUACG